UUCUCCAUGGACAUGUUUCACUUGGUCUAUCAUUUGAUUUGAUAAGUAAUACAUUGAUAUGGUACCAUCUCAACUUCGCAUAUCCCAAAAUCUGGUUUGUUACCUAUAAUCCAACGUGAGCAUCGUCUUACAAGCUUUAUAAGGUGCCUAAACAGGCUAAUACUAUUAUGACUCCAGUAUAACACCCCUUACGCUAACUUUAUAGAUGGAUUAUGUGACCAUUCGCUAACACAAAAGUCCAUAAUAGUGCGUUAUAGAAAAGCUUGGCCUUCCUUCAAAGGCAGGUUCCACUCGGUAUAUAGACCAAUCCGAUUCUUUUCAACUCCAGGGAUCACGUUAAAGCUCAACCGUAUUUGUAUAAUUCCAUAAGCUUCAAUUUCGAGGUAACCACCUUCUAUUGGUCCAGGUGAUGAACCCUGCUACACUUUUCGCCUUAAAACCUUUCAGCUUUCUCUAAAGUCGAAGCCGUAUCGUCUUCUCUUCUACUCUUUUGGUAAUUCGUUUUCUAUCCUCACAAGGUAGAAAAUCUCCAGAUCUUGUUUGUCGCCUCAAAAUGGUUAACUUUUACCAUUUUCGGCUGAGUCGCCUUUUGGCGUCGUGGUGCAUCGCAGCCACGAUAAUAUCAUGGGUGUCCACGGUGAGGGCGAUUGACUUUCCGGCAACUCUGGAUGUAGACAUCGUAUAUCCGCGCAACGGUACAUUCGCACCCACACUACUCACGCCCAUCGUAUUCACGAUCCGGAACCCCCAGCUUGCCGCUCCUCUUGACCUAAAUCUUGACUGGGCCAUCUAUAGGAACGAUCGUCCCGUCGGCGACGGCCCAUGGUCCGAUGGAACUAAGCGUCUCAUAUGGGCGACUAACCCUAACGCGACCGACCCUUUCUUCGUAUACGCAUACACCUACAAGCUCAAUGUCGAAACCUCCUGGUGGUUACGAUGGGAAUUGUCCUGGGGAAACUGCUCCCAGUCUGAGACCAACCACCCUAAUUUCAGCUUUAACCGCAAGGUGAAUGUUGUUGAAUUUACCACCAAAAACGGCUCGACGCAGUUCGAUCUCGCCACCGUUAACAGGCCUGGCGAUGACACCUGUGGAAAUGUUACGGACACACGCGUCUCUUUCAACGUGACGGGAGUUUUGGAUACCCGUGAUGCGUACAAAUACGACGACAUAGAUACGUGUGCCGUCCUUGCGCCGCCGUCCAAUAUCACCGCACCACCUCCUACAAGGACUUGUGGUCCCGAGAUAGACGCGUCGGCAGCGUCCAGCAUUUCAGCCGCUAUCACUGCGACGGCGUGUGCUUGGUUUCCCGAUCCAGAAUUGAGCUGCCCGCCCGAAAAGCCGAGCAGCGCCGUGAGGGGCAUAGGAGGGCCAUUUUUAGCCGGAACAGCGACUUGGCUGAAAGUGUUUAUGUCUGCUAGCGUUGCUUAUAUACUUGUCGCAUGAGGUGAUAGUUACUUGUAGCAUCUAUCACUGUCUAAUAUAAUUGAUUGAUUUAGGAAGUACCCAUGCAUCAAUACGCU